UCUAGUUUUAGCUCAAUAUAAAAUCUUCUUAACAGAUAACGUGUAUCGGUUAAAAUUCAAAAUUAAAAUACGGAUUUAAAGCUUUUAUAGGCAAUAUCAAAUUGUGUAAACUUGAGAAUGGUGUAAUACUUGACGAAAACAAGAGAAGAGGAAAAAAAUGGAAAUAAAACCAAGACCGGAAACAGAAAGAAUGUUCUGAUGAAUGCGACACGUCUGAUGGGAAGGAUGAGGAUCUAUUUCUUCAUUGUGAUGGCAAAAUAGCUCACAUGUUUUGUGAUCUUAAUGAGUAUGCAGGAGUAUGCUUCAGUGUCUGAUGUUUGUAGAAAUUACAGUAGACACUAAAACGAAAUUGGGGAAAAUUCCACAUAAUCUAAGUGAUCUCACACCAUAGCGGUAUGCCCGAUAAAGUUCUCUCGCAAUCCUAACAUAAAAUGAAAAUUGACUCGCUUAUUAUCACCGAACAGUAUGGUAAAGAACCAGGGUGAUUCACGAUUGGUGCUGUUACCAUCCGGCUUCUAACUUUCCUGCUUACUCAAAUUUAAGAAUUUGCUAUGAUCGAACUCCUAGGCUGAUAAAAUAUUAUAAUCAGCUCAAACUUCAGUUGGAGCAGCGUACUACUAACGGUGAACCUGACCUCUGAAUACGCUAUACCAAUGGCACCCCGAAAAUCGUAAAAAAUAUUUUAAACUGAAUAUACCACCCAGUUAUAAUGUCUUGUUAUUACCAAAAUGUCAGAGGUGUUCGUACGAAGACACCUACUCUUCUGAAUUCAGUGUGUGAGUUUUGUUUUGAUGUUGUGGCCUUGUGGGAGACAUGGCUAUCCAAUGAUAUUUUUGAUGCUGAAUUUUGUCCCGGUGAUUGGAUUACGUUUCGGAGGGAUCGUAACUUUUCUGCGCUUGGCCUGUCUAGGGGGGGGUGUUUUGACUUGUCUUAAGAACACCCUUAAAGCAAGUCAGCUUGAUCUCUCUGAUUUAUCCAGAGUGGUACCAGUAAUUGAUGUGGUAGGAGCCAAGAUUCAGGGUGUACGUGGGAAAAUAAUAUAUGUAUUUGCUUUAUAUAUACCACCUUCUGUCAGUUUUGAUGCAUUUGAACUAUUUUUUGACACGUUUAAUUUAUUUGAAUAUCUGGCUAAUGAAUGCGUUGUUCUUCUUGGUGAUUUUAAUGUCCCCUCCUAUGCUUCCAUUGGUACCAAUGAUAGAUUUAAAACGACCUUUAACAAAUUUCCGACAUUUCCAUGAUUUUCGUCAGUACAAUACAAUUGUGAACAUCAACAAUCGUUUACUUGAUUUGAUCUUUGCCAAUAUGAGCUGCGCAGUCACUCGCGAUCUCGAUCCUUUGCUUGCUGAGGAUUCCCAUCAUCCCGUUUUAGCGAUUGUUUUGGUUUAUGCUCCCCAGGUUUCUAUGUUUAAGCAACGGGGCGUACCCACCUACAACUUUAGACGUGCAGACUAUCCUUUGUUGUAUCGGAUGUUGGGAGAGGUGAACUGGUCGGACCUAGAUGGUAUUGGAAUGGUAGAAGAUGCAUGCCGGCUUCUUUAUAACAAGCUACACGAUGUUUUUGAUUUAGCAGUGCCUAAAACUGUGAGAGAUUCUACGAAUCGUCGUUGGCCUGCUUGGUUCACGAGGGAAGUAAAGGAUUGUAUUCGCAUGAAGGAGAAUAUGCGCGCAAAGCAUAAGCGUACUGGUUCACUGUAUUGUAAAUCUCUAUCGAAACACCUCAUUACCGAAGCAUAUAAUGCGUACAUGAACGAUGUAGAGCGAUCUUUGAUUUCUGAUCCCAGUACCUUCUGGGCCUACGUUCGGACACGGAAGGGCGGUACUCGCAUUCCAGGCCUUAUGACAAAUGGAAACCUGGAGUUCAGUUCAGGUCGAAGUAUUGUGGACGCUUUUUCUGAUUAUUUUGAGUCCGUUUAUAUUCAAUCUGAUCCUGUUUUUGUGGGGUCUGAUUUCCCCGAUCAUAGUCUUUGUUUGUCAGUGGAGAGCUUCAGCUUGGAGGAGGUUGAGGAUGCGUUGAAGCGUGCAAAGAAUACUCUUACUGCGAGAGUUGAUGGGAUAGCGAGCUUUUUACUGGGGGACUGUGCUUUCAUUCUAGCCGCCCCAUUGCUCUCGAUUUUCAAUCUGGUUCUGUCUACAUCCACCUUUCCGUCGUUAUGGAAAGAGUCGAUACGUCUGUCCAAUUUUGAAGAAGGGCAACCCUGCUGAGAUUGUGAAUUAUAGGCCUAUAUCGCUGCUGUGUGGUUUCUCGAAGACUUUUGAAACCGUUCUUUUCAAGCACAUCUCAUAUCAUUUAAAUAAGUACAUAAGCCCAGUCCAACACGGAUUUGUUUAUGGUCGAUCCGCUGUAACCAAUCUGAUAUGCUUCGCCCAAUUUGUUGCUGAUGUAAUCGACGCUAGAGGGCAGGCAGAUGCCGUGUCUCUCGACUUUCGGAAGGCGUUUGAUCAGCUGGAUGACUUUAUCUUAUUAAAAAAGCUGAGUAACUUUGGAUUAAGUGCCCCUCUGUUGUCGUUAAUGAAAUCUUAUUUGCUAGGUCGGCAGCAGUUUGUUAAUUAUGGCGACUUCACUUCCAGAGGAUUUUCCAACUUCAGGGAUUCCCUAGGGAUCAACCUCAGUCCAUUGCUGUUCCUGGCUUUUAUUAGUGACAUAACCGAGAUCUUGGAUUGUGAGAAGCUGCUAUUUGCUGAUGAUUUGAAGUUAUUCUCAGCUGUUGGGGAUCUCAGCGAUUGUGAACGCUUACAAGAAAACCUGUUUCGUGUUGAGGAUUGGUGCCUUAGCAACCGUUUAUCACUUAAUAUUUCUAAAUAUUUUACCAUGACAUUUUCUAAAAAAUUAAACGCAAUCGGCUGUGCAUAUCACUUGGCCAGUCAACCGUUGAUGUCCGAACGUAAGUGCUAUGACCGGGUGCUGUUCGACAGUGGAUUGAUUUUUAACGAACACAUUCUUAACUUAACACUAUGCCGUCCGGCGACACCACAGUGGUGUCGGGCGAAAAAUAUUGCUCAACGGCCGGCGUCACCAUAUUGGUGUCGCCCGCUUACGUAUGGAUCUACUGAGUAAUCUGAAUUUUCUGCCGGCGCCAAGCGAAUAAAUUUUUGCGAAACGUGCGGACGGCAAAGUGUUAAUUGCUAAAUGCUAUAAAAUUUACGGUUUGUUCGAAACUGUAAGGGUCGUGCAUCAGAUGUUUAUGUACGUUGUUUUUUGCGUUGAUUAGAUCGCGGUUGGAGUAUGCGAUAAUUGUUUGGUAUCUAUUCUAUGAGUUUUACGCGAAUGCGCUUGAAUCUAUACAGAAGACAUUUUUAAAGUAUUUAUGCUUUCGACUAGAUCGUGUUUACCCGCUUAGGGGUGCAGAUUACGCGUCUCUUUUCGCGGUUUAGUUUUCUUUCACUACAACAGCGCAGAGUUGGUUACAUAGUUAAAGUUAUUCAUAAACUGUUGCAUUAUGAUAUCGAUUGCGGCUGGUUGUUGGAAAGGUUAACCUUUCUUGUACCGCGUCUCAACGUACGCUGUCCCCUCAUGUUCUAUAAUUGCCGUAGUAAUAGUAACACUUUACGAAAAUCUCCUGUCUCGUUAAUCUCCGAUUACGGCAAUCAGGUUUCGCCGCAUUGCGAUAUGUUUUUUGAUUCCUUGAACACGGUGCUAUGACGAAACUUCAUUUAACUAUUAAACGCGCAGAAGGUAUUUUCGACAGUAAUGAAGAGACUUUGUCAAGUGACAGCGAGUUUUGGAAAAAGAGAAUCAAGCAACAAACUGAAAACAGUAUUACGACAUUGAUGACUCCAACAAGAGAAUACAUUAGAGAAAUCCGAAGACCGCUUGACUCCGAGCAAUUUUGCAUCGGCAGAAGGUAACCAAUAAAAUGCCGUAAUACCUAUAGCGUGUUUCACCAAAAAUAAAAGCGAUAAUCACUCGGCGAGCUCGUGGCAUUGAAAUUUAACAAGAUGCGGUUAUAUAAAUUACACUCAUUACACAAUUUUUAUGUAAUUCUGUGCUCAUGUAUUUCCAAAAAAGUUUUCAACAAUGUGACCUUUGCGAAGGUUUCGGUAUUUCUGAUUUUUCAUUUUUUGUAUUGUUUUAACUGCAUAACUACCAUGAUAGUCGACGGUACAUUUAUCUGUACAAUGCACGUAUUUUAGUUCUUGUUCUAGUGGUUUUUGGCAAUUUUUCGUAAGAUGUUUAUCAGUUCAUUUGACACACCUUCGCUCCUUCUCGCAGUAUUUCCAGACAUGAUCAUAGGCUUGGCAUCUUUUGUGUUGCGGUACCAGCCUAGAACUCCUAACCGGUAGAAUUAUUACCCUCAUGCACGUUAGGAUGAACAUAUCUACAGCUUUUUCAGUUUCCCUUUUUAUUUUCUUAGCAUCUUGAAGAAAUCACCUUAAACCAAGGAGCGAAUCAAAAAAGAAAUCAAAAUGUCUAAAAAGCAGCAACUAAAAAUAAUGCUGUGAAAUUCCAAUGAUCUUCGACAGCACCAAACUACACUACCAAAAAUACUGAAAGAAAACAAUAUUGAUAUAUGUCUUAUCUCCGAAACUCACUUUACACGAGUAUUGUAUAUAAACAUCAACCAUUAUAAUAUUUAUCACACAAUUCGCCCUAGUAAUGCGGCUCGAGGUGGAAGUGCAAUUAUCAUUAAAAGUAAUAUUGAACAAUACUACAGUGAUGAAAGUUCAAACUGCUAAUGGCUUAAUAUCUGUAGCAGCAACGUACAUACCGCUGAGACAUAAUCUCAAAAGAGAAGAUUAUCAGGAAAUUCUACUACAUCAUGAAAACAAAUUUAUACUUGGAGGAGACCUUAAUGCAAAACAUAUGUUGAGGUUCUCGCUUGAUAAAUACAAAAGGAAGAGAACUGAAACAUGCAAUAGAGGCCCUAAAUUGUGAGGUGCUGUCUACUGGCAAGCCAACUUACUGGCCAACAGAUAGAAUUAAAAUUCCGGACCUGCUUGAUUUUUUUAUUACAAAAAAUAUAUCGCUUAACUUCGUAAACAUAGAAGAAGAAUUAGGACUGGACUCAGAUCACUCACCAGUAAUUAUUACUCUAAAUAACAAAGAACCCUUUUUAUCACUAACUAAUAAACUCACUAAUUGAAAUCUAUUUCAACAAACAUUAGAUAAUAAAAUUCAUCUUAAUGCUUUUAUGAAAACAAACGAAGAUAUUGACAAUGAAGUAGAAAAGUUCUUAAAAGACAUACAAAACGCAGCCUGCGCCUCAACACCUAUUUUAACACCAAAACCAAAAUCUAAUAUUUAUCCUAAAUUCAUUAGAGACAAAAUUGCAAAAAAACGGAAAGUAAGAAAGAAAUGGCAAACGAAUUGAAUUCCUAGUGAUAAAACUAAAUUAAAUAAAAUAACAGCCGAAUUAAGAGCAUUAACAGAUAGCCACAAACAAAAUAAUAUUCAAAAUUACUUAAAAGACCUUACUGACGAUGCGAAGGCAACACUACAGCUUAAAGUUCCAAAAACACAUACACCUCCAAUUCGAAAUAGUAAUGGAAAUUGGGCUAAGAGCAAUCAAGAAAAAGUUAAUUUGUUUGUUGAACAUCUGAAAGAAACUUUUACAUCAGACAGUCCAACAAUUAUGUUAAAUAGUGUUCCUAGCAUAAUUCAAAGUGAUCAGUAGCGUAAUAUACCAUGUGUAAGAAUGAAAGAACUGUAUUAUGAAAUACAAAAACUAAAUAUUAAGAAAUCAGUGGACUAUGAUCUAACUAACGGAGAAACAUUGAAACAUUUGCCAAAACGGGCGAUUGCAAAACUAUUACACAUGCUUAAUGCUGCUUUUAAACAGAAACGUUUCCCAAGUAUAUGGAAAGUUGCUAAAAUAAUAAUGAUACCAAAACCUGGUAAACCCCCCACAUAUGUUAUAGUCUCCGAUUUUUCUGGUGCUUUUUAUGACCCUGAGAAACAGUAACGGCAAUAAUUAUCAUCUCGAAAAAGUACCUCCUGAUCGUGAUUUAUGAUAGGCCCUAAUAGCGAACUAAGUCCAGGGACGCACUUCUUUUUUUUAUUUUAUUUCAAUAUAAAUUAUUUAACAUUUCUAACCGGCGAUUGUCGUUAAUUCAAGAUUCUUCACCAGUGUCAAUACAGUUGUCACUUUCCGCGCAUUCUAAGCUGUCGUCAUCAGAAGAAUCAUCAACACUAAUAAUAAAACGCUGUACAUGUGGGGACACAUACGCAUCUUCGACAUCUUUCACGUGUUUUAUGCACUGCGACCACAAUUCGGUUGAAAUAUUAUUCAACCGAAUUGUACAACAUUCCUCCCGAAUUAUAAUAAUAAUAAUAACUCACGCCGGAGUUUGGGGUUCGUCAACUACCUGUUUACAUCCCCGUCUUUGUUCGUUACAUGACUGCAAUUAAGUCAUAAAAACCACCAGAAAAAUCGGAGACUAUACAUCAUAUAGGCCAAUCUCAUUGUUACCCUUACUAUCAAAACUACUUGAAAAAUUACUAUUAAAAAGACUAAAACCUGUCAUAGAAGAAAAAGCCCUAAUACCAAC